AUGCCACCCAAAGCCCCUCCACCUCCACCUCCUCCUGGAGGCAGUGGCAGUCGAAAAGGCACUAAUACUAGAGCCCCGCCUCCUCCUCCGCCACCUGCAGUGCAUAGAAAUGGCUCCUCGAGGCCUAUAGCCAGACCUCCUCCACCUCCAUCUGCCAGGAUGCCACCUCCUCCAGCAGGAGAAGAGCGUCCUCGUAAGAUGCAAAAGACGUCACUGGCUACUUCGCCAAAGGAGCAGUUAGAGGCCCGGAAAAGGGACUGGCUCCAGCAUCAGAAACUCCGAUUCAGAGACACCACAUCGACCCAGAAGAAGGCAGGCAUAGUCAAACCACAGAAGGCCAGGAUGCCACCAGAGCAUCUACGAAAGAUCAUGCUAGACCAUGGCGAUCUCUCAUCGAAGAAGGUUGCAUCAGACAAGAGAUCACACCUUGGUUCUCUCAAGUACAUGCCUCACGCCAUCCUCAAGCUUCUAGAAAACAUGCCUCAGCCGUGGGAACAAGAAAAAGAAGUUUCUGUACUCUACCAUAUCACUGGUGCCAUCACGUUUGUGGAUGAAGUUCCACGAGUCAUUGAGCCCGUUUACACAGCCCAAUGGGCCACGGCAUGGACCAUGAUGAGACGAGAAAAACGAGACAGAAGACGUUUCAAAAGAAUGCGGUUUCCACCAUUUGACGACGAUGAGCCGCCUAUAGAUUGGUCGGAGAACUUGGACGAAGUGACCCUUCCAGACCCCAUUCAGCUCGACACAGACGAGAGCCCAGACUACGCAGCAAUUGCCGAGCUCCUCUACGAUGAGAAACCUUUUAUCGAAGCAUCUGAGGGCGGAUCAAUUAAUGGUGAAUCCUACAAGCAUUGGAACCUCGAUAUUGCCACCAUGGCGAAGCUAUACCGACUCUCGAUCCCUCUUUUACCGCAUGUCACCGAUCCCAACUAUUACUAUCUUUUUAACAAGGAAGCAUUCUUCACAGCCAAGAGCUUGAACGUUGUCGUUCCCGGAGGACCCAAGUUUGAGCCAUUGUUCAAGGACAAGAUCAACAACAAGGAGCUCGAAGACUAUACCGAGUUCAACGCAAUCGACAGAAUCAUCUUCAGAGUACCCAUCAAGACCGAAUACAAGGUUGCGUAUCCUUACCUUUACAACUCCUUCGUCAAAGAUGUGGAGGUACCUUGGUACCACGACAAUAUCCGCACAGUUCCACAGGACGAUUAUGAUAAAGACGGACCAGCCUUUUUCUUUUCCCAAGACUACAACCCAAUUGAGCCGCAUAAGUUCUCAGUGAAGAAGGCAGAAGAGAGCUUUCUCGAUUUUGGUCUCGAUGAAAUUCAGUUGCCCGAUGGUUUUGCUCCAUUCAUGUCGACCACAGAGGAAGACGGCAUUGAUGUCAAUUUGCCUCUUGAGCCAGAACAUACAGCUGAUGCGCUUCAACUCUGGUGGGCUCCCUUCCCCUUCAAUCGUCGUUCGACUUCCACUGUCAGAGCUCAAGAUGUUGCUCUCGUGAAGUCGUGGUACAGAGAAAGGCCCCCUCGCGAUGUUCCAGUCAAGACCCGAGUCUCGUAUCAGAAGCUCUUGAAGGGUUACGUUCACAACGAGCUCAAAAACCCUCCUGGCCUGAAAACUGGAAAGGCAAACCAAAGAAAGGUUAGUCUUCUCAAAAGCUUGAAGGAAACAAAGUACUUUCAACAAACAUCGAUUGAUUGGGUAGAAGCUGGUCUUCAACUUUGCAGGCAAGGUCACAAUAUGCUCAACUUGCUACUUCACAAACGUGGUCUUACGUACCUUCAUCUUGAUUACAACUUCAACCUCAAACCCACGAAGACUUUGACAACAAAAGAGAGAAAGAAGUCAAGAUUCGGGCAUGCCUUUCACCUCAUCAGGGAACUUCUCAGAAUCGUCAAGAUUCUUGUGGAUUCGCAUGUACAAUUUCGCUUGGGUCAAGUUGACGCUUACCAGUUGGCUGAUGGUAUCUAUUACACCUUGAAUCAUAUCGGGCAACUUACCGGUAUCUACCGUUACAAGUACAAGGUGAUGCACCAGAUUAGGGCCUGCAAAGACCUCAAACAUGUCGUCUACUCCAAUUUCAACAAUUCUAUUGGAAAGGGGCCGGGUUGUGGUUUUUGGCAACCUGCUUGGAGGGUCUGGCUAUCCUUCAUCAGAGGAACAAUUCCUAUGCUCGAAAGAUGGCUUGGUAAUUUGCUUGCACGUCAAUUUGAAGGUAGACGCAGCAAUGAUGUCGUCAAGACCGUCACCAAACAAAGAAUUGACUCUUACUAUGAUUUGGAAUUAAGAGCUCAAGUCAUGCAUGAUAUUUUGGAUAUGAUUCCUGAAGGUUUGAAACAAAACAAGUCGGCCUUGAUUUUGCAGCAUUUGAGCUUGCCAGAGCCGAUCGAAAAGAUUAUUGAACAUUACAUCAAGGCCAAGGCAGAUGGAUGGAUAUCGAUUGCUCACUAUAACCGUGAUCGUAUUACACGUGGUGCCACGGUGGAAAAGUCCAUGGUGAAAAAGAAUCUCGGCCGUCUCACAAGACUUUGGAUCAAGGACGAACAGACAAGACAAAGUGACUUUUCUAAGGACGGUCCAUACGUCACACCGGAUCAAGCUGUGAUCAUCUUUCAAACCAUGGUUCAGUGGCUCGAGAGUAGAAAGUUCAACCCUAUCCCAUUCCCUCCUAUAUCAUACAAGCAUGAUACCAAAUUGUUGGUUCUCGCCUUGGAGAAUCUCAAAGAAAAUUUCAAUGCGAAUGCUAGGUUGAACUCAGCUCAACGUGAAGAGCUUGCUCUCAUUGAGCAGGCUUACGAUAACCCCAAUGAGUGUUUGGCCAGAAUCAAAAAGUAUCUCUUGACACAAAGAAUUUUCAAGGAAGUUGGUCUCGAAUUGGUAGACCAUUACGAUCAUUUGUCUCCAGUCUAUACUAUCGAUCCAUUGGAAAAGAUCACAGACGCAUACCUUGAUCAAUACUUGUGGUAUGAGGCGGAUAAGAGAAUGCUUUUCCCCAACUGGGUGAAGCCCUCUGACGAUGAAAUUCCACCCUUGCUCGUUUACAAAUGGUGUCAAGGCUUGAACAACCUCGAGGAUGUUUGGGACACCUCGCACGGUGAAAGCAAUGUGAUCUUGGAGACAUCUUUGAAUAAGGUUGCCGAGAAGAUUGACUUUACUCUUCUCAACAGACUAAUUCGACUCAUUGUGGAUCCCAACAUCGCGGACUACAUCACAUCCAAGAAUAACAUUUCCUUGUCAUACAAAGAUAUGAAUCAUGUCAAUCAAUAUGGUUUAAUCAGGGGUUUACACUUUUCAUCCUUCAUUUUCCAAUACUAUUGCUUGGCCAUUGAUCUUUUGAUUCUUGGAUUGGAUAGGGCGACGGAUAUCGCUGGACCUGUGCAACUGCCUAAUAGCUUCCUUAACUUCAAGGACUCCGAGACCGAGAAAGCGAACCCUAUCAGACUUUACUGCAGAUACAUGGACAAAAUCCACAUAUUUUUCCGGUUCGAAAGAGAAGAUGCUGAUGCUUUGGUUUCGGAUUUCCUUUUAGAUAAUCCCGAUCCAAACACUAGCAACCUCAUUGGCUACAAUACCCAUAAAUGUUGGCCUAAAGACUCGAGGAUGCGUCUCAUGCGCCCAGACGUGAAUCUAGGAAAGGCCGUAUUCUGGGAGGUGUCGAGCAGAAUUCCAACCUCGAUCACGACAUUGGAGUGGAAGGAUUCCUUUGCAUCUGUUUACUCUCCUGAGAAUCCAAACUUGCUUUUCACGAUGUGUGGUUUCGAAGUGCGUAUCUUGCCAAAGAGUCGGAUGACGGAGGAUCUGUCAUCUCAGGAAGGUGUCUGGGACCUUGUUAAUCAAACGAACAAAGAGCGUACCGCUAAAGCUUUCCUCAAGGUUUCUCAAAAAGAAGUUGAACGCUUCCAGAACAGGAUCAGACAGAUUUUGAUGUCCUCGGGUUCAGCUACUUUUACGAAGGUGGGAGCAAAAUGGAACACAGCAUUGAUCUCACUUUUUGCAUACUUCCGUGAGGCAACCGUGGCAACGGAAUCCUUACUAGACGUCCUCGUGAAGUGCGAGACCAAGAUUCAGAACAGAGUCAAGAUGGGUUUGAACUCGAAGAUGCCGUCGAGAUUUCCCCCUGCCGUUUUCUAUACUCCUAAAGAAUUGGGUGGUCUUGGAAUGUUGAGUGCCUCGCAUAUUUUGAUUCCAGCAUCUGACCUCAAGUGGUCUAAGCAGACUGAUACGGGAAUUACACAUUUCCGUGCUGGUAUGAACCAUCAGGAGGAGAGAAUGAUACCCACGAUUUUCAGGUACAUGACAACUUGGGAGAACGAAUUCUUGGACUCCCAGAGAGUUUGGGCAGAAUAUGCAAUCAAAAGGCAGGAAGCUGUCGAACAAAAUCGUCGUAUCACAUUUGAAGACAUGGAGUCAAGCUGGGACCGUGGUUUACCGAGAAUCAGUACACUCUUCCAGAAAGAUCGUCAAACUCUCGCUUACGAUAAGGGUCACAGAGCAAGAAGAGAAUUCAAGUCUUUUGCUUUGAGCCGUGGCAACCCAUUUUGGUGGACGAAUAGUCAUCAUGAUGGUAAAUUGUGGAACCUUGCAGCUUACAGAACUGAUGUGAUACAAGCUCUCGGUGGCAUUGAUACCAUUCUUGAGCACACCCUUUUCAAGGGAACAGGUUUCGACUCGUGGGAAGGCUUGUUCUGGGAGAAGGCCUCCGGUUUUGAAGAUUCUUUGAAGUUCAAAAAGUUGACAAAUGCUCAGCGCUCUGGUUUGAGUCAGAUUCCCAACCGUCGUUUUACUCUUUGGUGGUCGCCUACCAUCAACAGAGCUAACGUGUAUGUUGGUUUUUUGGUUCAACUUGACUUGACGGGUAUUUUCCUUCAUGGUAAGAUUCCAACUUUGAAGAUCUCGCUCAUUCAGAUUUUCAGAGCUCAUUUAUGGCAGAAGAUUCAUGAAAGUUUGGUUCAAGAUAUUUGUCAGGUCUUAGACAAGGAGCUUGAAGUCUUGCAUGUGGAUUCUGUUGAAAAGCAGGCUGUUCACCCCAGAAAGUCGUACAAGAUGAAUUCCUCGAGCGCUGACAUUGUCUUGACCAGUACCUACAAGUGGAAUGUUUCCAGGCCCUCUCUUUUGCACGAUAAGGCUGACUCUUUCGAUAGUGCCACAGCAACAAAGUAUUGGGUUGAUGUUCAGUUGAGAUAUGGUGACUACGAUUCUCACGACAUCUCCAGAUACACUAGAGCAAAGUUUUUGGACUACACAACAGACAGUACAAGCUCUUACCCCUCACCAACUGGAGCCAUGGUUGGAGUGGAUCUUGCCUACAACGUUUAUGACAUUUACGGUAACUGGUUCAGCGGUCUCAAGCCAUUGAUGCAGAAUGCCAUGAAGGAGAUCAUGAAAGCAAACCCAGCCCUCUAUGUUCUCCGUGAGCGUGUCAGAAAAGGACUUCAGUUGUACCAGUCUCAACCUCAGGUUGCCUUGUUGAACUCAUCGAACUACGCUGAAUUGUUCAACAAUGAGACACAGCUUUUCAUUGAUGAUACGAAUGUUUACCGAGUCACAGUUCACAGAACAACCGAGGGCAACCUCACUACCAAGCCUGUGAAUGGUGCUGUCUUCAUUCUCAACCCAAAAACUGGACAGUUGUUCCUCAAGAUCAUUCAUGUAUCUGUGUGGGCAGGUCAAAAACGUCUUGGACAAUUGGCAAAAUGGAAGACAGCAGAGGAGGUUGCCGCUUUGGUCAGAUCUUUGCCCCGUGAAGAGCAGCCAAAGCAGUUGAUUGCAACAAGAAAGGGAAUGCUCGAUCCCCUUGAGGUCCACAUGUUAGAUCAUCCAAACAUUAGCAUCAGGUCUUCAGAACUCCAUCUUCCAUUCGCAGCAGCUCUCAAGAUUGACAAGUUGUCUGAUGUGGUCAUGAAGGCCACCGAACCACAGAUGGUUUUGUUCAACUUUUAUGACAACUGGCUCGAGAGUAUUUCUUCAUACACCGCUUUCUCCCGUACUAUAUUGAUUUUGCGUGCAAUGGGAAUUAGCCCAGAGAGGACGAAUAUGAUUCUCCGCCCUGAUGCUAGCGUUGUUACUCAGAGCAACCAUAUCUGGCCAACAUUGUCUGACGAGCAGUGGAUUGACGUCGAGACACAAUUGAGAGACUUGAUUUUGAAUGACUUCGCCAAGAAGAAUAACGUCAAUGUUCAAUCAUUGACCCAGUCUGAGGUUAGGGACUUGAUUUUGGGUCAGGAAGUGAAGGCUCCUUCAGCCAAAAGACAACAGAUCGCCGAUGUGGAAAACUCAACAAAGGAAGAUCCAGAUGCUGCAAAUGCCAAUCAGCAGCUUACCGCUUUGAAGACCAAAAGUCAAAACGUCCAUGGUGAAGAGAUCACAACAAUCACGACGACAAAUUACGAGCAACUGGCCUUUAGUUCCAAGAAUGAAUGGCAGAAUAGAGCAAUCGCUGCUUCUAAUUUACAUCUGAGAACCAAGAACAUCUAUGUCACCUCGGAGGAUUUCGAAGACGAUGAUAGCUUCACCUAUAUCAUGCCAAAGAAUCUUCUCAAGAAGUUUGUUCAGAUUUCGGACACAAGAACUCAGAUUGGUGGUUUCGUCUACGGCACCUCGCCGACUGAUAAUGAGGAGAUCAAGGAGGUCAAAGCAAUCGUUAUGGUUCCCCAACUUGGCAAUUCUCAUUCCAUUCAAUUUCCUAAUAAGCUUAUCGAGAAUGACCAGCAUGAAUACCUUAAAGAUCUCGAACUACUUGGCUGGAUUCAUACGCAAAACCACGACCUCGGCAUGUUGAGUCCCGUUGAUGUGACAACCAUUGCAGGCUUUAAUAACAAGAACGAGGCAGUGUGGAAUAGAAACUUGGUUACCUUGACCGUUGCACUUACACCUGGCUCUGUUACGCUAACCGCCUUCGGACUCAACAAGAGUGGUUAUGACUGGGGAAGUUCGAAUAAGGACAUGAUUUCCAACGCACCUGCUGGUUUCAGUCCAUCAUUUAGCGAAAAGAAGCAGCUCAUAAUGUCAGACCGAAUUGUGGGUACGUUUUUGGUACCUGAUGACAAAAUCUGGAACUACGCAUUUAUUGGGCCCGUUUGGGAUCCAAACGGUGUCUUUGACUUGGUGGUGGAUUUGCCCUUGCCAUUCUAUCACGAAUCACAUCGCCCUCUUCAUUUCAGCCUCUUCAACGAGAUUGAAGGAAAUGAACUUGAGGCUACUCAGGAAGACAACUUCUCUUGA